GUCUGGACCCUGUCAGCUGGUGUCUGGACCCUGUCAGCUGGUGUCUGCACCCUGACAGCUGGUGUCUGCACCCUGUCAGUUGGUGUCUGCACCCCAUAAACUGGUGUCUGAACUGGUGUCUGCACCCUAAAAGUUGGUGUCUGCACCCUGUCAGUUGGUGUCUGCACCCUGUCAGCUGGUGUCUUCACCCUGUCAGCUGGUGUCUGCACCCUGUCAGCUGGUGCCUGCACCCUGUCAGCUGGUGCUGCAUGCUGUGAGAUGGUGUCUGCACCCCUUAAUUUGGUGUUCAUAAGUACGACUGUGCAAAGAAACCUUGUCACUCAAGAGAUAAUCACCUCUAUAGCGGAGGAAAUAAGCAUUGACUGGAAAGAUGUUGGAAGAAGGUUAAAAUUAAAGGAAAGUAUACUUGACAAUAUAGAGGACGAGUACCGUAAGACAAAGGAGAAAUCUACCCAAAUGCUUAAUAAAUGGAAACAGCUAAAUGCAGCAUCUGCUACUAUUCAAGUAUUGAUGGUUGCAUUGAAGCAAGCAGGAAGGAGAGAUAUAGCAGAGACAUUGGAAGAAAUGACUCAAGUGCAUGCCUCAGAGCAAGAUGAAGAUGUCCGUACAGCCACCACAGCAUUAGAGAAAUUGGAGCUAUCAGCAGAUGGUUUCAGUGACAGGGGAAAGCCUUUAACCACUCCUGAAAAGUGAAUAUUUCUCUUCGAUACAAUUCAAGUACAAAUGCUGGCUAUUUUCCACCGACCUCUGGAUACUUUUUUUUUAAAGUCGACUUAAGUUUUAUUUGAACUAAAAAGAUAAAAUAACUUCCACCUAAGUAGGGACUUAGCAAUCUCCACUUGAAGGCCCUGCAAUACAACAGGGCAGUAGUAAGGGUUGGCACUGGGAAAAUCUGCCCCCCCCCCAGGGGCGGAUCCAGAAGUUCCAGAAAGAGGGGCUGAAGCAAGCCCUGAUUCAUUGCUUUUCUGUGAAUUUCCUUACAUUUCUUGUUCUUUUUGAAAUACCUGUAAAAAGGAGUUCAAUGUCCGCUCGGCCCACCCGUAGAUCCGCCUCAGCCUUGAAUAGUUUGAAAUGCCUUAUAAUUUUAGUCUACUUAGCAGCAUUGUAGUGAAGUGUAUUGUGUUUAUUAGUGUAUUUUAGUAUCUAAGCACUACAUAUAUAUUCUUAGGCAGGUAGUACUGAUUUUUAUUCAAUUCUAGUUUUUCUGAAAGAACAUAUAAUAUGCUGUAAAUUUCAAUAAUUCUUUAGGUCCAGAGUAUUAAAUUAAAAAUAAUAUUUAUA